AACUUUUGUGUUUGUUGAAAUAGGAUUGGCUAGUUGCUACUACUGAUUUGUAAAAUUAAAAAAUAGACUGUAGAUCUAGACCUAGACGUAAACCGUGUGUAUCUUUAUCACGUUUUGUGCCCUGGGGAUUGUACUCUAAGACCUGUAUAGCUCUGUUGUAGGUAUCUUUUCUAAGGGUUUGAUCCAUCCAUCUCCACUUUCUCUCUAAGGUGAAUAGUUAUACUACAUAUCAAAAUGUCUAGUAGAAAGACUAAGGGAAAGACAACCAAGAAGCGUGCUCAGCGAGCAACUUCAAAUGUCUUUGCUAUGUUUGAUCAAGCUCAGAUACAGGAGUUUAAGGAGGCAUUCAAUAUGAUUGAUCAGAACAGAGAUGGCUUCAUUGAUAAGGAAGAUCUUCAUGAUAUGCUUGCUUCAUUAGGUAAGGAUCCAGCAGAUGCCUAUCUAGAUGAAAUGAUGAGUGCAGCCCCUGGUCCUAUUAAUUUCACCAUGUUCCUGACAAUGUUUGGUGACAAACUGAAUGGAACAGACCCUGAGGAUGUAAUUAGAAAUGCCUUCGCUUGCUUUGAUGAAGAAGGAACUGGAUCUAUUCCAGAAGAGAGGUUAAGAGAACUACUGACAACGAUGGGAGACAGGUUUACAGAUGAUGAGGUUGAUGACAUGUACAGAGAUGCACCAAUCAAUAAGAAAGGAGAAUUCAACUACCUUGAGUUUACACGGAUCCUGAAAUAUGGCAAACGUGAAGAUGAGACUCAGUAAUAGCUUUUAAAACAUAUGAACAACUUUGCAUUACUUAUUCUGGAUGCUGACAAUAUAACUUUUAUUCUUGCUUAUUUCAUUUUUUUUUUCAUGGAGGAAGUAGUAUUGUAUGAAGUUUAAUAGGUCUUUUUAUUUUUUUUUCCCUUAGGAUUACAGAAUUUACUUCAUGUUAAUAUUAUAAUAAGCUAUUAAUUACAAAUUUAAGGGCUUUUACUGCUAUGUUUCAGUGGCCUGUUUUCUAGAAUUCAUCUCGAUAUAUUUGAUCCAACAUUUGUGUUUUGUUUUAUUUGCCAUGGAUAAAUCACAUUCCACAUGCAUCUUUAAAGGGAACAAUUUUUUGUGCUUUUUUAUUUUUACAACUGGUGAUGUUCAUUUCCAAAAAGAAAAGUAUUUUUUUUAAUAACUAUUCCAAGCCAUGUUUAUUUUGCUCAUUGGGAUUCUUUAAUUGUUGAUUUUUUUUUAGACUUUCAAUCUUUCAGCAUUGACUUGAGAUGUGUUCUUAUCUCAGUUUCUUUUAUAAUGUAAAUAAUACUUAGACUGUAUCUGACACCAUACACACUUGUCAUGUAAACAGACAGUCUGAUAAGAAAUGAAAUGUAUUUGUCUUAUGUCUAUUUAAUAAGACCAUGGUGACUUGAAGGGAGUUUUAGCUUACUAAGCAUUUAUGUGUGCGUCAACACUAAGACCAUUACCUAACUUUCAUAGCCUGUCAUUUUUUGUUCAAUAAAUGUAUUGUAUCUUU